UGAUAGUAGGCUGGAGCAGCAGCAGAUUGUACUCUGCACUGCGUUCUUCAAAGAUUUCUCGCAUUUUCAACCGAAACGACCGCAUUUCAGCAGACAGACGUGAGAAUCGAGGACGACUCGCGAAUGUCAGCUGCGUCGUGAAGUUGGACAUUUAAAGAACCGAGCUCUAACGUCCUCUCAUUGUCCCUGGAAAAAAGAGGUUCUCAUCAUGCCACUGUUCGGUAAAUCUCACAAGAGUCCAGUAGAUAUUGUCAAGACUCUGAGGGAAAACCUGGCCACCCUGGUCAAACAGGAAAAGAAGACAGAGAAGGCAUCAGAGGAGGUAUCCAAGUGCUUGGUUUCCAUGAAGGAGAUUCUGUAUGGGAGCAAUGAUAAAGAGCCUCACACAGAGACAGUCGCCCAGCUGGCCCAAGAACUGUACACCAGUGGGCUACUAAUCACACUGGUUGAACACCUACAGUUUAUCGACUUCGAGGGCAAGAAAGAUGUGUGUCAGAUCUUUAACAACAUCCUGAGGAGGCAGAUUGGAACAAGGAGCCCAACGGUGGAAUAUUUCUGUUCCCACAAAGAAGUUCUUUUCAUCCUUCUGAAAGGGUACGAUACUCCGCAAGUAGCCUUGAACUGUGGGAUCAUGCUGCGGGAGUGCAUCCGCCAUGAGCCACUGGCCAAGAUUGUCCUUUACUCCGAACAGUUUCACUCUUUCUUCAACUACGUGGAGUUAUCCACCUUUGACAUCGCCUCUGACGCCUUUGCCACUUUCAAGGAUCUCCUGACCAAACACAAAGUGCUGGUGGCGGAAUUCCUUGAACAGAACUAUGAUUCCGUGUUUACAAACUACGAGAAGCUGCUGCACUCUGAGAACUAUGUCACAAAAAGGCAGUCCCUAAAGCUUCUCGGCGAGCUCCUCCUGGACAGACACAACUUCAAAGUGAUGACGACCUACAUUAGCAAGCCUGAGAAUCUCAAGUUGAUGAUGAAUCUGCUGAAAGACAAGAGUGCUAACAUCCAGUUUGAAGCCUUCCAUGUCUUCAAGGUGUUUGUUGCGAACCCCAACAAGACGCAGCCGAUCAUUGACAUUCUGCUUAAAAACCAGACCAAACUAAUCGACUUUUUGAGUAACUUCCAGAAGGAUCGUUCAGAUGACGAGCAGUUUAACGAUGAGAAGACGUACCUAAUCAAACAGAUCAGAGAUCUCAAGAAAACUGCUUCGUAGAGAAGUCCCAUCUUUUAAUAAUAGAAGGUAACAAAAAAUACAAACAAUAUCAACACUGCUUAUUCUAUUUUUUAUUUGAAAUUUCCAAGAAAUUUUGAGUGUCUUCUGCUCUGUUCUGUUAAAAUGUAAAAAAUAGUUUUGUGAUCAAUUAUUUAUAUCACUUUUGUUUUGUUUUCUAUCUGCAGCAUGUAGUGCCACAAUCUAUGCUGGAGAUUUUCCUUUCUGAAUAUUCCAAAUAAGUAGCUAUAAACCAGAAAUACAUUGCUUGAUUUGAUCGGGUUUGGUGUCAUUAACACUCAUACCACUAGUGGGAAACAAAAUCUCAGUCUUUCAGUGCCAAAAAAGUCAUGCUCUGUGUAUAUCCUUUUCUGAAAUUUCCAGUUGUUACUUAAGUUGAUAACAGUCUUGCUUUAAACAAUCACCCAAAAAAUGCAACACAGGUUCAUGGAUUCUAUCAGUCAAGUCUUCCAAAAGCUCUAGAUUGUCGUGUUGCUAUUAAGAAGAUAAAAAAGCUUUUAGGUACUGUUAUCCCAAUUCAUUAUUUAGUUAUUUCUGGUACUAAUUAAGGUGGUUAGAAGAACUUUGGUUUAAAUAUUAACUAGACAGCUACAGUUACAAUGAUGAAUGACUUUAUAGGGUUAAAAAAACCUAUCCCCUAUCACCUGUUUCACCUGCGAGACAUUUUUGAGUAUAUCCCAUUCAAAAAUGUCUGAAAUAUAACACGUUUUUGUUUGGGUUUUUUUCUGUGAAAUUUAUUUUCUGUGCAAAACCAUAGUUCAGUAAUACACUGCGUUUUGUUUUGCACCUCAAGUUUUAUUUUAGAACAAGUUCAGAGCGCUGAUAAUGUACAAAUAAAAGGUUAAAUGUUAAGUAUUGAACUGUAACAAAUUGGUACAGAACAGCUGUUUGUGUUACUUGCUGGGGUUUAAAAGCACUUUUUUAAAUGAUGAAAAAUCUGAUAACUGGGGUACCUUUAUUAUUUGCUGAACUGAAGUUGCUCAAUUUUUUUUCCAACUGCUUCUUGUAAUCAGUAUGUAUAUUUCAUUUUGUGUACAGAUUGAUUGAUUGAUUUUUUUUUUCGUCUGAGGGAAGUUUAAACAUAUAAAUGAGUCUGUCUUUUCCUCCCUUUUUGUUGGAUAUUAGGAAAACAAGAGGUGCCUUUUUGCUUUGGUGCUAAUUUUCCUAAGUUUCUCUUAUGUUUUCACCAUUUUCCCGGGGGAGCUUAAUUGUGUUGAUGAAAAUAUGCUCUAGACUGAACAUAUUUGCUGUGAUUAAGCAGUGAACCUUUCGACAAGCUAGAUUUGAGUUGCACUGUUUGAAGAUGAAAACAUUAUAAGAAAUGUGUUUGCACCAAAUUCUAGACAGAAACUGAAGUGUUGUAAUGACUUCAAGACGAUUAGUGGUGACGGUGGCUAAAUGUAGCAAUGACAACUUCAUGUAUAGGUUAAAUCAUCGAGGUUAAAAUGCUUCUACCAUUUUUCAUUUUCAUAAUAAAUCUAAGAUUUAAAAAUAUU